AUGGAGGGCGAGAAGGGCGAGAAGGGUGAGAAGGGCGCCAGCAAGGGCUAUGGCAAGGGCUACUGGGGAGGUUGGGGCUACCCCCCGAUGAUGAUGAUGCCCUGGUUCGGCAAGGGCAAGGGCAAGGGACUGCGAGGCUUCGCCAACGAGAAGAAGGUGUGGAUCGGGGGCCUGCCGGAAGGAGAGCGGGACGUGGAGAAGAACAAGAAGCUCAAGGAGCACAUGGCACAGGCUGGUGAGUGCAUCUUCGCUGAGAUCAACCGCAACGGCGUGGGCGGAGCAGCAUUCAAGAACCCCGAGGAUGUGCAGAAGGCGGUGGCCAUGCUCAACGGCA